AUAGGGGUAUUAUAGAUACAGAGAUGCACCGCGAAUCUGAGCGCAUCAGGGGCAGCCCGGGGAACUACAACGCCCCGAUUAAGAGGAAAGGGCAGCCGGAGGAGGUGGCGAGCUUGAUUUCGUGGCUGCUGUGUGAUGGGUCGACUUAUAUCACUGGAACUAUACAGAUUAUUGAUGGAGGUCUAAUGGCGUAGAGUCCAUCGAAUACGCAUCCUUCAAUUCUUUACAUCCCGUUCAUUUCGUAUAUGGUAGGCCAGAGGACUUCAUGCAGUAGUAAAGAGGUGCGAAUAGCACUACAUUCUGACUCCCUGCAGAUGUGUCCAGGAGUUGGUCAGGAUGCAGCGGGCGAUGCGGUGGAUAUUAGGCUACCUUUUGGAUGGUUCGUGAAAUGCGACAUGGGGGGACCCCUAACAGUGGUAUUGAGUGAGCAAAGGUAGUGUGUAAGGAGUAGAAUGUUCGUGUGCGUAGGGGUUAGGUACUCCGGCACGGCGCAGGGGUCG